CGAAAUGGUUAACUCCAAACCCGGAAAGGGCGAAGUCUGCACAGCAACAAGCGCCAUGAUUGCGUUGCACCGUGCGUCUGUCUCAGCAGCUGGACACCAUGGAGCAGCUGGAAGAGGAACUCACUUGCCCCGUCUGCUGCUGUCUCUUCGACGACCCGCGGGUUUUGCUGUGCUCACACAGCUUUUGCAAGAAAUGCUUGGAGGGACUCUUGGAGGGGAGCCGAGGUCUAACUUUCAGGACUCCUCUCAAGUGCCCCACAUGCCGCAAAGAGACCCCUCACAACGGCGCAAACAGCCUGCAGAUCAACUACUCUCUGCGGGGAAUAGUGGAAAAGUACAGCAAAAUAAUUGAUGUGCCUAAAAUGUCUGAAUGUAAACAACACUGCGGCCAGCCACUCAACAUAUUUUGCGUCACGGACUUAAGUCUAAUUUGUGGCUUUUGCGCAACGACGGAUGACCACAAAGGACACACGUUCUGCUCCUUGGAGGAGGCGUACGCGCGGGAGAAGGUGGCGUUUGACGGGCUGCUUCACGGGGUGACGGGCUGGCAGAGCGCAGACGUCCUGUCCUGCCUGGAGACACUACAAGCCAGUAAGAAAAGGGCGCUUCUGUCCGUCACCAAGGAUGCGCAGAAGGUAACCGACUAUUUCGACAAACUCCUCAGUACCAUCGAGUGCAAAAAGAACGAAAUACUCUCCGAUUUCGAAACCCUGAAGCUGGUGGUGUUGCAAGAAUACGACCCGGAGAUCACCAAGCUGAGCUCCGCCAUAGAGGAGCACAGGCGCGCGCUCAGCCUCGCCGAGUCCUUCAGGAGCGUCGUGGACCCCCCGUGCUUUCUGCAGCAGAUGCGGGAGUUUCGUCAGAAGUUGAAGGUGCUGAAGGAGACUCCGCUGCCCUCGCGGAAAGACACAGACGUCGAUCCCCUCGUGCGCGAUUUCGACGUUAAAAAGUGGGACUCCCUGAGGCUCCGAGAGGUGGACAAGAUCUCGGUCCCGCACGAGAACGGCUCCUACCGGACGGGGGGCUCUCAGAUGACAGCGCCGAUGUGGGUCGCCUUGUUACUGAGUGUGGCCUUAGUGUCGGUCCUGGUCCUGGUCCUGGUCCUGGUCCUGGUCCUGGUCCUGGUCCAGACCAGCAGCCUCGCAGCCUCCGUGCCCCCGCAGAUAGAGCCCAUCCUCACUGCGGUUUCCUCGCACCUUACCCACACCGACGUGUACCUGCGGGAGAUGACUGCCAUGUGCACACGUUUAAUGGGUGCGUGGCAGGAAUGUGUCGUCAACUUUAUUGACUCUGCUGUCAAAUUGAUUGAUGAUUUAUAAGCUGUUUUAGUGACUGGCCUUAGGCACCUCUGCUGCCCAAGUGACCCGCGAGGUGCAGUAAACUGAGGACAUUUAUUCACCUGAAUAUACGCAAACCUAAUUGACCUUUUUUUAACCUAAUUGAUUAUCAUGUUUUUGCCUUUUUUUUUUUUUUUUUUUGCCCAAGCUCCAACCUCCAAUGAAGCCAUAUAAUGAAAUAUAAUCAAACCUUACAGAGGUUGUAACCUAUGUUUGCAUCAGAUAGACAUUAUCGAUCAAAUUCUUCUUUUUUAUAAUAUAUAUGACAAAUUUAUACAUGUCCAAGAUGAUCUUGAUAAAUAA